AUGUCCAGAGCAGCCACGGGGAAAGGCACGGCGCCAGAACCCGACAGCUCGGAAGAGGAGCUGGAAGCGGGGGCCGCACCCCAGGCAUGCUACGGGCAAGGUCUGUGGGUCCCCCAGGGAAGGGAAGCAGCUGCCUGCCUGGGGGACGCCGAAGGGAUGAAGGUGAGGAAGAGGAGCAGGCCGGUGCGCUCUAAGGCCAGGAGGAUGGCUGCCAACGUCAGAGAGCGCAAGAGGAUCCUGGACUACAACCAAGCCUUCAACGCCCUACGGCUGGCCCUCAAACACGACCUCGGAGGCAAAAGGCUUUCUAAAAUCGCUACCCUCCGGCGAGCCAUCAACAGGAUCACGGCUCUGUCCCUGUCCCUGCACAGCACCGGGCGCUGCUGGCCCUGCGCCCACUCCGAGUGCCGCAGCCGAGCCGGGGUCCCUCGCUGCCCUCCGUCCCCUCUCUACGCCAGGUUUUCCCCUGAAAGGCAGCUCCAUCACUACGAGAGCCCGAAGGAGGAUCGCUCCAUGCCCAACCAUGCCUAUUGCUCCAGCGGGAUCUACCACCCCGGGCUCCGAGGCGCCUGCCAGCAGAGAUACACGGGCACCCUGCAAGACCCCCUGACCGGGACGGUCCCCUGGCAACUGGGCUAUUGCCAGAGCUGGGGCCACCAGCAGUGCCUCCCCAUCCACUGACCCGCAGGGCUGGGGUGGCGAGACGGCGCCGGGAAGGUAACGCAUCCGUGGGACAAACGGGGUGGUGGGGGGGGGGAGCGGGAAGGGACCCUUGCGCGCGAGAGAGGAGCGCUGCAGGAUGCGGAGCUCAGCUGCGAUGCCGGCGAGAGCCGUGAGCCCCCCGACACGUCGUACGGGACCCCAGCGCUGCCCGGCUGCGGGUCUCCGCUUUG